GAAGGAAAUUACCCUGUAGGUUUAUUUUGAAAGGGUCUGAUAGUUGGAAGACGGAAGUGUUGCUUCGUCCUAGCGCGAAUUUCCUCCACAGGGUCUCAAGAUUGUCAACCUCUUCAAAGCCAUUUACGAUAAUUCAUGUCUGGUGGCGGAGAUCUAAUGGAAGGUGAUCUUGAAGAUGGGGAGAUUUCCGGCUCGGACACCGAGAUGGGAACCGCCGCGGCUCCAGUUCGACCCCAGGUUCCUCCAGCUUUUAGCGGCCAGUCCUUCCAUGACAGAGCCGCUGCCCAACAUUCUGCCGCCGCCUACCGCACCACCGGUAGGCCGGUGGAGUCCAGCGACAGCGACGCCGACUCGUCGGACGAGGAGGCGGCUCUUUGGCGACGAAAGCGGCAGAAAGUAUCUAGCGUCCCCAAGCGGCCCACCUGCACCAGCCAGUCCGAGCCGGUCCGCGUGCCCGUCCCCGCCGCGCAGGGAGGCCGCAAGGUGAACAACAUUUGGGGCUCCGUGGUCCAGGAGCAGUGUCAGGAUGCCGUUGCUUCCGAGCUGGGCAUAUUUGGCAUGGAGGGGGAAGUGAGUAUGUCCAGCAGAAGUGUGGAGACGUAUAACUUUGUCCUGGCCCGUAAGAUAAUGGAGAAGGAGAGGGAGCUGGAGAGACAGACGAAUAAUGGGGGAGAGGUGAGCAUGCUGGACGCCCAGCUGGAGGAUUACAUGAAGGGCCGUGACUGUGAGGAAAGGGCAGGAGGAGAUGCCAAAAGGAAGAGGCCAGCGAAAGAAAGACUGGGCCCCGUGGCGAAAAUGGACAUCAAGGGCCGGUAUGAGAUCACAGAGGACGACCCUGAGGAUAGAGUGACCGAUGAGAUAGCACACAGGCUGCAAGAGCCCAAAAAAGACCUGAUAGUGCGCAUUGUCAAAAUCAUCGGCAAAAAAAAAGCCAUAGAGCUGCUUGGUGAGACGGCCACACUGGAAGAGAGCGGGGGGGUGUACACUAUGGACGGCAGCAGGCGAAGGACGCCUGGUGGGGUCUAUCUCAACCUGCUGAAGAACACACCCAGCAUCAGUAAGUCCCAAGUCCGGAAGGUAUUCGCCGAGGAACAAGAGAAAGAAUGCAAGAGCAAGAAGGCUGCCCAGAAGAGGAGGCGCCAUAUGGUGGCGAAGAAGAUGAAGCAGGCUAUCGGCACACUCAACCUGCAGGAGCACGACGAUGUCUCCCGCGAGACGUUCGCCAGUGACACUAAUGAGGCCUUGGAGUCAUUGGAGGAAGAGGAGGAAGCUGCUGUGGGUACUGAGGAGACUGCAGCUGUGGUCUACAACUCUGGCGACCUGGAGGUCUUUUGAGGGGUGCCUGCUGUCUGAACAAGGACGUUUAGGAUUAAUCUGAUUCCCAACUAUCUUAAUGCACUGCAUAAGUACUGUCUACAAGAUACAGGAUCUCUGCAGCAUGCUUUUUUGUUUUUUCUCCCCUAAGCAAUUAAAGGACUGCUUAUGUUAAUGUUUUAAGGAAUAUUGGUUUUGUUCUAUACAGCAUGUUUUUGUAGCUUUCAGCACGUAUUAACACUGAUUUGUGAUACAAACGUUGUUUGCCUUUAAAUCAAGUUCUUAACAAUCAUAAACCUACGUAACAGUGAAGCACUAUUGUUGUUUUUCAGUUACAGUAAUGUCUAGGAUAUUAUGGCAUAUUGAUUUAUUCAAAUAUGUGGAACAUAAAUAAAGACUAUUCAAGUACAAUGACUUAAAAUUCA